AUGGUGGACCCAACGUUAGGGAAACCCCCAUCAGGGGAGAAGAAAACACAAAAAGAACAGCCAAAAAGGGAACCAACCGAAAGGGUGGACAUUCUGAAGCACUGCCACAAUGAGUUCAAAAUGGACAUUUCUUUUUUCACAAAAUUGUAUGAACAGAAAAUGGAAAUAUACAAGCAUCGAUGUGAGUACAUCGAUUUGCUUUCGAGUAGGAACGUGCAUAGAAUGAAGGUGACGGUGAAUCAUCCCUGUCGGCCAAAUUCUUCGGAACCGGUUCUGUUUGAGCAUCCCUACGUGAGUUGCAGCGUGGUGGAAAUUGAUAAGAAUUCUUUUCCGCAUGGGGAGGGGAAAAUCGGUCAAAGUGCAGCGUGCAGUAUGAACCAUGAUGGAAUGGUAGAAGAGGAAAAGGUUACUUCAGGGCUGACUGUUCCGAGUGGUCCAAGCGAUGAAGCAGAAAAGUUGUUCUGUACGAUGCACACAAGCACAGGUAUAAAGAACACACAGGGGAAGGAUGCCAAGGCGAAGAGAAGGAACACGUUUUCAAAGAAAUAUCGGGGCAUUUUAUUAAACUUCAACACGUUGGAGGAAUUUCUAGCCACGAAAAAGUGCACACACAUUAAUCACGCAAUGAGCAAUUUGAGGGGGUACUUGCAAAAAGCUAGCCGCGUGGACAGUGGCCCCAACGAUGGAUCAGAACAAGACAGCAUCUACGAGGAUUCCUUUUGGCUAUAUAAACAAAAUGAGCUAAACUACUUUGAAAAAAUAAACACCUAUUUAAUUUUAACCUUUUUUGAUCUUAAGGAUUUUCUGUGCUAUUAUAGCUUGGCCAAUCCGGUAGUAAAUCCGCCUGUCCAUUUUAGGAUGGUAGAACGGAGUGAACGGUUGUAUUUUUUUAUCGACCCUGAGGUGAUGUACCUAGAUUCGAGAAAGAGCCACAUCAACGUGGGAGAUUUGCUCUACUUGUCUCAUCAAAUAGACACCUUUUUUGAGGGGAAUAAACUGUUCAUAGAAUCUGGGGCAUUUCUUUUGUUAAAGUUUGAUACGGAGGAAUUAUCCCUACACAAUGCUGACCUGUAUAUGAAAAUGUACCAGGGUAGUCUGCACCGUUUAGGAGUCUGCAAUGAAGGUGGGGAGAGGAGGAAGGAAGAAAUGGCGUUUGCUUCGUUGGACUCAUUCAAAAGUGUGUGCGAUUAUCUGUCCGGCAUUCGCGAGAAGCACCAUGAAGGAAGUAACAGCUGCAUGUGCGCUUGUUCAGAUAACUCAGUGGAGCAGUUAUCAAGCAUCGGCCCAUUCCAUUGUAAGUGCCAAUUGGAUGAUCCAAAGGUGAAAUGUAAUAGCCCGUAUGGUGUACUGCGCAAUUAUGCUGGACUCACCGCCCUGCCCUUAAGCUGCCUAGGCGAACUGAAAGAACAGCUACAAAAUAUGAAGGAGAAAAAAUUAAAAUAUGUUAUGGAAGAUUUUUUCCACCUGUACAUCUGCCUCGUGGAUCCAAACUACCACUUCACAACCCUAGGUUGGGACUUUAGAAAUUUGUUGUAUUGUCUCUCCUUGAAAUAUGAGUUGUACGAUUUUGAGAUCGAGUUGCUUGUUUUUAGGGAUUUCUCUCUACUGUCCGGGGAAUUCGUGUGUGAGCCACUUUCCACCCAUUUGUUGUGGAAAUACCCCUCCUUCAGAAAUCCGACUGGCAUCAUCCCUGGGGUGUGUAAUGCGCACAUGCCCCCUGUGAAGAAUGAUCAUUGUACUGUGGUUUCUAAAAUGGUUACUCGAGAUUAUGGUGCCAUGCAGGCGGGGACAGAACAUAAUCGGAUUGAAAAAAGGGAAGAAUCUCACAUGGGAGGGAAAACAUUUCCCCACAGGGGGGAACCUAACAACAGGGAAAAACACCUCCCCGUGCGGAACAAGCAACUGGUGAAGUACCUCCUAAAUUCGUCAAUUUUUAAGAUAAAGGUGCCAGGCAGGGGAGACCUCACUACAGGAGAAGCGAAUACAGUCGAAACGGUCACCGGUGUGGGUGAGGUCCCUAUCCGAUGUGCACCCGGGUGGAAGCGGCACGCAGGACCAAACGGAGACAGCACCAUCCAUAAAGUUAGCCUUCGCAACUUUGUAAACCGAGACGUGGUGCACAGAAUAGCCCUCGAACAGCAUGUAAAAUUAAUCAAAUGGAAUCUCCUGAAAGAUUUAAAGGAGGAAAAAAUAACCUCAUUGAAGGUACUAAUUCUAGGCAUGGGAACAGUAGGGUGUAAUGUUGCAAGGACAUGUGUAACCUGGGGAAUAAAACACUUAACCCUUGUUGACAAUUCUGUGGUAAAACAUUCGAACGUAGGGAGGCAAUCCCUAUACACGAUAGAUGACAUAGAAGAUGAGUCUAAAAUGCCAGUCCACAAGGUAGUGGCUGCAAAAAGGAGUUUAUUAAAAAUUGCUCCGGAUCUGAACAUCCAAGCGAGGGUGAUUGACAUUCCUAUGCCUGGCCACUCGAUCUACCUCUCUAGCGGGCGCAUAAAUAAAACGAGGGAGGCCAUCACAGAUUUAGAUAAUUUGAUAUCCAACCAUGAUGUCGUUUUUUUGGCAACGGAUUCGAAGGAAUCAAGGUACUUCCCCAGUUUGCUAAUUGCAGAGAAGCACUAUAACUGCAUGAGGGAGUUGCAAAAUGGGCAUAAAUAUAUAGGGCAGCAAAGGGUAACAACCCCCCCCACGGAGGACUCUACUAACCCUAUGCAGGGCGAUUACCAUAGCGAUAUGUAUAUGCACUUAUCCAAGGAGGAAAACCUCACGGAAGAAAAUACAUAUGAGAGGCAAACUUUUUACAAUAAUAUCCUCACAAAUGUGGGCAAGCUAGCCAAAAUGCCCCCCCUGGGAAUUACCGUAGCGUUAGGAUUCGAAUCACUACACAUAAUUAGACACCCCUACUUAUAUUUCAAGGGUGGCUGCUUCUAUUGUAACGAUUUGCACUCUCCUCAGAACUCCUUAUUUGGCCAACCGUUCGACGAAAAGUGCACUGUGGCUAGGGGAGGACUAAGCAGCAUCAGUGGUGGGCUAUCUGUUGAGCUGCUAAUGACCCUAACACAACACCCGCUACAUUUCUUUGCACCGCACACGAGUAAAGAUCAGUAUGUCUACACCAGCAAGAUGCACAUGGCUGGAGGGGAGCCUUCCAAGGGGGAGAGUGUAACGGGGAAGAACAGGAUUGAUUCAAAUUCCCUCGUUUCCUGCUUGGGAGCCACACCUCACAUUGUGUCCCUCAAUUUGGCCGAAUUCACGAUGAGGAAAAUGUACUGCAGUGCCUUCGAUCGAUGCAUGUGCUGCUCAGAGAAGGUCAUUUUGCGUUACCAGGCGGGCCCGGAGGAAUUUGUCGAAAAUAUCAUCCGGGACAGCAGCGUACUCGAGAAAAUCACGGGCAUCGACGAACUCAGGGAGAAGGAAAGCGACGUCAUCAUGUUGGAUUGA